AUGUCGGCGUCUAGGCUCUACCCCGCCGCCAGCUUCGAGGCGUUGGGACUGGGAUUGGGCCGGCUGCCGGCUGUAGCAGAUCAGCCUCAGAUGGAGGCAGAAGGGUGGGACCCGGUGCUCUUAGCCGCGUGCUGGAGCUGGCAGCGCCAAGUCCAAGUACAGUACAGCGACAUGUUUGCUCCCAACGCCCGGCGUGCGGCUUCCAGAGCGCUGCCGCACCGUCGGUACCAGUGCGUGCCUGCUGCAGUCGCAUCGGGAUGCCCUGUAGCGGUACACCCGACAUUGCACGGCUCGCGUAGCUUUUGCGGAACUGCCGAGUGCAUCCAGGAUGCCUCGCUUGGCCUUGGCUGUUGGCUCGUUGCCGCCUCUUGUUUCCCAUCCGACCCCUCGCGCACUCGCAGAUGA